AUGGCCGAGACCGUGGUAGACAGGGUUGCGCGGCACCCAGCCCUAAACCUCAAGGUCAUCAUCGUUGGUGCUGGCGUCGGUGGUCUGCUCUCCGCUUUGGAGUGCUGGCGCAAGGGCUGCGAUGUGGUUGUGCUCGAAAAGAACAAGGAUAUCUCAUUGCUUGGUGACUUCGUUACCGUGCCCCCAUCUGGUAUCUCGACGUUUAAACUAUAUCCCACCAUGGACGAGCAAUACCAAAAGAACUUCUAUGACUGCACUAUCAGCAUCUGGAACCCAGAGGGCAAAUGUCUGAAGAGAAUGUUCCCGGAAUGGCGACAUGUGGCCGAAAAGGGAGAACUACCCCGGGCCUCGUUGCUCAGCCGAAGAUCAGACUUCACGCGUAUGCUCUACGACCAAUGCAUUAGACUGGGAAUUCCGGUAUAUUUUUCGCAGGCAGUGCAAGAAAUCGUUGAGCAUGAUGAUCAUGUCGUUAUAAAUACCAAUCAACCUGGCAUUACUCUCACAGCCGAUGUCUGUGUGGUUGCCAACGGUAUAGGAUAUCCCUCGACGAAGGAUAUCACAGGAAUAGAUCUACCUGUGCUAGACAGUGGCUAUGCUAUUGCGCGGAUGGCUUUUCCACGCUCUUCCAUUCCCAAGGGUUCCCUUGCCCACCAGCUGGUCGAGAAUGUCGACACCCAGCCCGAAUUUCGAGUCUAUCUUAGUAACGAUAUACAUCUUAUUAUCUGGUUAACCAAAGACUCUGGUGAUGGCAAAGCUAUCGAGUCCUGGCACAACCUCCGAGAAUCAGCUGUGCUCGUGGACCAGUUGGAGCAAAAAUGCUCCUCAUGGGACCCAGCAGUAAUAGACUUUAUGCGGCGCAUCCCCGGCCAAGUCGUUGACUGGGGCUUGAGGUCGCGUGAUCCCGUAGAACAGUGGACAUCGGCCGGUGGCCGCAUCGUCAUGCUCGGAGACGCGGCACAUACAUUUCUGCCCACGGCCGGAAAUGGUGCGGUGCAGGCUUGUGAGGACGCUAUUUCGAUUGCUGAGUGUCUGCGCCAGGGAGGAAAGCAGGGCGCUCCGUGGUCGACUCGAGUUUAUAAUAAACUGCGCUUCGAGCGUACUUCGAUUCUCCAGCAGACAGGCUUCACCAACAGAGAAGAACUGCAUUAUGCCAAUCUAGACGAGAUUGCGCGAAAUCCAGAGAUCAGUGAUAUUGGCUUCUUCAAGAUCGGGAGGUGGGUUUGGGCGCAUAAACCUGAGGCGUACGCAAUAGAGAACUAUCAAAAGUGCUUGGAUUAUCUUCAAACAAAUGGCUCCUCGGAAUUUCGAAACACGAAUGUUCCUCCGGGCCAUGUUUACCGGCCCUGGUCGAUGGAAUCAGAACAUGCACGCAUGACUGCUGGAAUACGUUCUGAUCUCAAGUCUAAUGGAGACUGGAGCGUGUAG